GAAUCUCUCUGAAUCAAAACGCGCCUCGUCCGAAGAGGAAUCCGCCGACGGCUUUCGGAUUAGCUAGCGGCUUGCUUCGACAUGGCGGGAGCCAGCUCCGAGACCGAUCCUCAGGUUCUCCUCGCCCACAAGUUCCCCGAGACAUCGUUCGCGUAUACGGAAAGAGACGCGGCCUUGUAUGCCUUGGGGAUCGGAGCCUGUGGACGUGAUCCGCUGGACGCGGACGAGCUCAAGUAUGUUUACCAUGAAAAUGGACAGCAGUGUAUUAAGGUAUUGCCAACGUUUGCUGCUCUUUUCUGCCUGCAAUCUUUGCCGGAUGGAUUGCGUUUUCCGGGUUUGCAAUAUGAUCAACGGCUUUUGUUGCAUGGACAGCAAUACAUAGAACUGUACAAGCCUUUUCCUUCCAGUGCGCAUUUACAACAUAAGGUAAGUCUUGCAGGCUUGCAUGAUAAAGGUAAGGCUGCUGUUUUGGAGGUAGAAACCAAAACUUUUGAUCAAUCUUCGGGUGAAUUAUUAUGCAUGAACAGGAUGACUGCUUACCUCCGUGGAGCUGGUGGCUUUUCAAAAUCAUCUCAACCAUUUUCUUACUCAAAUUAUCCACCCAACCAAGUCCGAGCUGUGAAAAUCCCCAAGGAUAAACCCUUUUCUGUUUUUGAGGAUUGUACUCAACCAUCACAGGCUCUGUUAUAUAGGCUAUCUGGGGACUAUAACCCUCUGCAUUCCGAUCCAAUGAUUGCCAAAGUUGCAGGAUUCUCCCAGCCGAUACUGCAUGGUCUUUGCACACUGGGGUUCGCAGUCAGGGCAAUCAUCAAGUGCAUCUGCAAAGGAGACCCAGACAUGGUGAAAAGCAUAUCAGGGCGAUUUCUUCUACAUGUGUACCCUGGGGAAACUCUGGUUACUGAAAUGUGGGUUGAAGGUUCGAGGGUCAUAUAUCAGACAAGGGUCAAAGAAAGGAAUCGCAUUGUGCUGUCUGGAUAUGUGGAACUUCAUCGUUGGACAUCAUCACUGUAAACUAGGUCAGAGCGAAAAUGUGUUAUUUCGACAAAUCAAUCGCUUGUGUAGCUGUUACUAGUUCUUCUAAAAGGCAGUUUAAGAGGAAUCAGAAAUAAGAUAUCUACAGACAGCUAGUAGUACCUUACUGUAAACCAUUUCAUUCUCGGAUAUUGUUCAUCAUAAUUUAAAUCAGAUGCAGCAUAUGACUGUUUCGUAUGUUAA